CUCAGUCAGUGUAGGGAGAAGCAGGCACUCACUGUGAGGAGGAACUUUGUUGCUAUGAAACUUAGGACUAUUUACUCAAUAUUGUAACCAUUACCUAAAAACCCUCGUCAAUUCAUGAGCUGCCCUUAGGCUGUGAGCUCUUUAGUGUAGUUGGCCGGCAGGGGCCUCGCCACUCACUAUUCUUACACUUUUUUUUUUAAAGAAUGUGCGAGACAGACAGUUAGCCGGCUAGCUGGCUAGCUAGCUGGCUAACUAGCUAGCCGAGGUGACACAGGCGGGAGGAGAACAAAAGAUUUUUUUUGACCGUUUCCACUGACACCAAGUCCAUGCAGAACGUCUUGUUAGCACCACAAUGCCCGUUUUACUUUUUCUGGUAGACACGUCCGCGUCCAUGAACCAGCGCAGCCAUCUGGGCACUACCUAUCUGGACAUAGCAAAAGGCGCUGUUGAGACUUUUAUGAAGCUCCGAGGGAGAGAUCCGGCCAGCCGAGGGGACCGGUACAUGUUGGUCAAUUUGGAAGACAUUCCGUUCGGGAUCAAGGCGGGAUGGAAGGAGAGCCACGCCACGUUCAUGACGGAGCUGAGGAACCUGCAGGCCACCGGACUCACCACCAUCGGCCAGUCACUGAGGACCGCUUUUGAUUUGCUCAAUCUCAAUAGAUUAGUGACCGGCAUAGACAACUAUGGACAGGGAAGGAACCCCUUCUUUCUCGAGCCCGCCAUCAUCAUCGCCAUCACUGACGGCAACAAGUUGACCAGCAGCGGGGGGGUCCAGGACGAGCUCCAUCUGCCUCUGACCACCCCCCUGCCAGGCAGCGAGCUGACCAAGGAGCCAUUCCGCUGGGAUCAGCGUCUGUUCGCACUCGUGCUGCGGAUCCCCGGACACGCAUCAGUAGAGCCUGAUCCCGUCGGCGGCGUCCCAUCCGACGACUCGGCCAUCACGCCCAUGUGUGAGGUCACUGGAGGACGUUCAUACAGCGUGUUCUCUCAGCGUAUGUUGAAUCAGUGUCUGGAGUCUCUAGUUCAGAAGAUCCAGAGCGGUGUGGUCAUCAACUUUGAGAAGACGGGGCCGGACCCUCCCCCACUGGAAGAUGCUCCAGCUGAGUCGCUCAAGUCCGGCCCUCAGCCUUGGCACUGCUGCCACAAGCUCAUCUACGUUCGACCCAAUCCCAAAACUGGCGUUCCUAUCGGCCACUGGCCCAUCCCCGAGGCCUUCUGGCCUGACCAGAACUCCCCCACCCUGCCGCCCCGCUCUGCCCACCCCCAUGUGCGCUUCUCUUGCCUGGACGCCGAGCCUAUGGUGAUUGACAAGGUGCCCUUCGACAAGUACGAGCUGGAGCCCUCGCCGCUCACGCAGUACAUUCUGGAGAGGAAGUCUCCACACACCUGCUGGCAGGUGUUUGUGUGUAACAGUGCCAAGUACAGUGACCUGGGCCAACCCUUUGGCUACCUGAAGGCCAGCACGGCUCUCAACUGUGUCAACCUGUUUGUCAUGCCCUACAACUACCCCGUGCUCCUGCCUCUCCUAGACGAUCUCAUCAAAGUGCACAAGUUCAAGCCCACCAUCAAGUGGCGGCAGUCCUUUGAGAACUACCUGAAGACCAUGCCUCCAUACUACAUUGGGUCUCUGAGGAAGGCACUACGGAUCAUGGGAGCUCCCAACCUGCUGGCAGACAAUAUGGAGUACGGCCUGAGCUACAGCGUGGUCUCCUACCUGAAGAAGCUCAGCCAGCAGACCAAAAUGGAGUACGACCGCCUGAUCGCCUCCAUCGGAAAGAAGCCGCCGCCUGAAGCCGGCAUCAAGGUUUGCUGGCGGGGUGGAGGCAUCUCUCUGGCGCAGCGCAGAGACUUCAUCCAGCAGCUGCAGAGUCUUUCUGGUGACGCCCAUGUGCUUCCUCUCGAGCUCAACCCCAAGGAGUUCCAAGGAUUUCACCUGGCGCUUCUCAACAAGGACUUGAAGCCUCAGAGCUUCAGGAACCCCUACGACAUCCCGCGCAGUCACCUGCUGGACCAGCUGAGCCGCAUGAGGAGAAACCUUCUCAACACCAACGUCUGCAGUCUCCGUGGCCAUGACUCCGAUCAGCUCCACAGCGUCCCCAUCGCCCAGAUGGGGAACUACCAGGACUUCCUCAAAGCUGCUCCUCAGCCUCUGCGAGACGCCGACCCCGAGCAGCCCAAACGCCUGCACACUUUCGGCAACCCCUUCAAGCUGGACAAGAAGGGCAUGAUGAUCGACGAGGCAGAUGAGUUUGUGACAAGCCCCCAGAACAAAGGCAAGAGGCCAUCGGACAACAACAUGACGGGCGGGGGCCCCAAGAGGAGGCGCUGCAUGUCGCCACUGCUGCGCCUCGGCCGCAGCUACACGCCCCCCGUAAACCCCCCUCCCAGCCCUCGACUCACAUCAGACAUGGAUGUGAGCGACGGAGAAGCGGAACCAGACCUGAUCAUCAACCACCUCCAUCAGAACCACUGCAGCCCAGAAAGGAGUUCAGACUACCAGUCGGAACACUCAGGACCCGCUGACCCUCAGGACAACCACUCAUUGGUGGACCACCAGGAUGGGGACGAGGAGGAAAACGGUCAGGGGCGAGAGGGUGAGGAGGAGCAUGAGGAGGGAGCCGAGGUGAUUCUGGUGGACGAUCAACCACCCCGGUACUUGUCGCCCGCUGCCCUGAAGAAGCACAUCCAUAAUGAGACCACCAAGGUUAACAACGAGCUGAGGACCCUCAUCACCAGGGAGAUCAGGAAACCUGGCAGACACUACGAGAAGAUCUUCUACUUCCUGAAGCAGAUCCAAGGUACUCUGGACACUCGGCUCAUCUUCCUCCAAAACAUCAUCAAGGAGGCGGCCAGGUUCAAGAAGCGUGUUCUCAUCGAGCAGCUGGAAAACUUCCUGGAAGAGAUCCACAACAGAUCGAACAAUAUGAACCAUGUGGACCCACUCUGACCUCAUUCCUCAAAUGAACUUAACUCGCUAACUCUGCCUCCAUCUUGCAGAGACAAGAUGGUCUAGCGCCUCAGAGGAUUCUUUUUUUUUUGUAUAACUCCCAACACAGAGGAUGGGUUUGUUGGUUUUGACCCUGAUGAUGACGUUGAGUACUUGCUGCAGACUUUCACACCUUUUUAGAACAAAUGUUCCGGUGGUUGCGGUUUCUGUGAAACCAUCCUCAGUCACCUGAGAUCCACCCCCCUUCCUCCAUCAGAACUAAGCAGAUGUCGUCAGAAUGGGCGCCCGGUUCUGUGUGUUCAUGAAGCGCUCUUUGUUGCUCAUACUUUGUCAUUUGCCUUUUCCGUCAUUGUUUGGUUGCACUUUGAGCUUGUUUUUUUUUUUUUUGCUCUGCAAACAAAAGUACUCUUCAUUACUGGUCCAAGUCAGUGACCGACUGGCGAUCAAGAAGUCGGCGACUAAAAAAUACUUUAGUGAAUGACCGAGUUGGGACUGACUGGCUAUCCGAUCGGUAAUGGUUGACUGAGGAGCAAAUGGGGAAGCGGUGACUGCUCUGCCGUCUAACUGGCGAUAAACUGUCAGCUAAUGGGCGUGUCACUGACUGGUGAUCAACCAUGGAGAAAGUAGUAGGCAGCCAAACUGCAACAGAGCAACUUGCGACUUACGGUUGACCAGUGUGCUGCUGACGGGCAGCUAAAGACUGAUUGAUUGAUUAGUGAGGGACUGACCAAAUAAGCAAGUCGCUUACCUACAUGCGUCUGACUAAAGACGCAAAUGACAGAGUUGCAAUUGAUUGAACGAUGACCAAUUGGCAUCUGACAAGGGACUUAUGGUCAAUCAAAAAGCUUCUGAGCAGCAACUAAAGAGUAUAGUCAUGGGUAACCAGUGAGUGACUGACUGCUGACCGCUGGGUGGUCAACAGGCAACCAAAGACCAAGGGAGCAAUGGUCAACCAUUCAAGUUAUCUGCAUUUUAUCUUCAUCUUUACCUGAGAACAUGUGUCGCUCGCUGGUUGCCAAAGUGAUAGGCCCCGCCGCCGCCAUCCAAGUCACUUAACCACCAAUGCACUUGUGUACAUUUAUUGAAGACUACCUUGCUGCAGAUCUUACUUUUCUGAGGCAGGAGAUUUGGGGGGGGUCAAGCACACAUAAGAGUUGUUUUUGGAUCUGGAACAGGGACCAAACAUCAGCCAUAGGUGUGUGUUGGUGAGCAGGCCGCUACCAAAAGAGUAUUUUGAAUAUACUGUAAAGUUACUGUAAAUAGUCCUAGAGUAAUAUUUAAAGACGGUGGACAAAUGUGUGGCCUUUUUGUAAAUAUUUCCACGAAUAAAAGCUCUAUUUUCCACUGUAAAGGCCCAUUAUGAUGAAUAAAGUGUUGC